AUGAGCCAACUCACAGCGGGACCGACGCCUGAGCAGACAUCGAUCUUACAUCGCCUCGCACCAGAGCUCAGGAACGAUAUCUUCAGCCAUGUGCUGCAGUUUACCGAGCCCAUCAACAUCAGCAGGAACGAAACAGGCUGGUGUAACCACUCUCGCUGGCAAAGCGUCGUCCAACCACUAGGCAUCAGCCGCACAUGCAGACAAUUUCACGCAGAGACUGCACCUCGUUUCUACACCGAGAACACAUUCCGUAUAGCGUCGACCUGCAAUGCUGUCGCCCUACCAAACGUCGGACACUUCCUGGCCAUGAUAGGUCCUACCAACGCACACGCUCUCAAAGGACUGACCGUAAUAUGGACGCCUCCGGGCCCAAAAUCUGGUAUAUACCGCGGCGUCAGCAACACGAAGCGUGCAGUAUGUGAAGCCAUCAAUGCACACCAGAAAGCAGGCGCCUCCAUGAUGCUCGGUGUCUCCGCUGCAGAGCACUCGACUCUGACGACAAAGCUUCGCCCCUCGCCUCUCGAUUCGCCGACGACCUUCGUGCACUUGGAGCUACGCUUUCUUCUGUGCGUUUGCCCGGCGCUCGCAAGCAAGAUAUACACAAUGCGACUGGAUUGGACGGAUCUAAUGCCGUCUUUGCGGCGUGAGUGGGAGAGGCUGGUUUUGAUUAGGUCUACGCUGAUCUCGGACCUGAUGAGCCACGAUCAUCUGGUGGCUCACCAGGUGAUUCACCAUGCGGUUCUUAUGGAUCAGAUGAUCGAGAAACUUGGAAGCUUACUGGAAGAUGAAGGUUAUCCAGUCGGCAAGGGGAUGCUAGAGGUGUGA